AUGGCAAGGAUUCCUGACAAGAUUAAUUCUAUUGAUGGGUCAAAAGAGGCGCUUAAACUUGCUGUGAGAAUCACAGAUCUUUGGUUCGUUGGGACUCCCAACAAGUCUAAGCAAGCGAAAAUGGUUAUUGUUGAUUUUGAGGGUGAUCAAAUUCAUGUUGUUUGUAAAGCAGACCAGCUAAAGUGUUGGAAAGCUAAUUUGAAGGAAAAUUCCACUUAUGUUAUGCAUAAUUUCAAAGUGGUGAAGAAUGAUGGUCAAUUUAGAGUGUGUGAACACGAGUACAAGUUAGUUUUUAUUGGAGUGACUGUUGUUAAAGAAGCUGAUUUGCAUCAGCUGCCUUUUAAGGAAUUUAGAUUUGUUGAAUUUGGAAAUGUCGUGGGUGGAAAUUUUGUGGCUGGUCUGUUGUUCUUAGCCUAUUUGAAUGAAUGUGGGAAUGAUGGGUCGAUCGUUAUUAUUUUGACACAUGCCAGGAUAAAAGAUGCGCAGGGAAGUUAUCCAGCUUUAGUGAGCAAUUCGUUCAAGACCUCAAAAUUAUUAAUUAAUGAACAUGUAUUGGAAAUCCAAGAAUUUAGGGAGAGGCUAUUAGAUUUAGGUGUUGAGGUCAGCCCAGUUUUGGCACCUGGCGAUCAAGGAAGUUCACAACUUUCAUGGGCAAGCCAGUUAUCAUCAAAUGAUGCAUUUCUUUCAAAAGUUGAAGCCAAAACUAUUUCCGAGAUCAAUGGCAUUUCUGAGGAUGUUGUUUGUGUUAUGGUGGGCACUAUUAGCAAAAUAGUCAUGGAUAGUCAUUCAUGGUGUUAUCCAGCUUGCAUUCAAUGUCAUAGAAAGACUGACAUCGAAACAGGACCAUUCACAUGCGAAUGUGGCAAAGAUAAUGAUCAGCCUGUUCUAAGGUAUAGAGUUGAAGUAAUGGACGGUGAUGUUGAUUUGAAUGCUUCUCCUCAAGCACUUGAUAGGCUGUUGGGUUAUGUCUUUGCUUUUAAGGUUAGGAUUCAAUCAAAAUUCAGGAAUGUUGUUGUUCUUAGAUACUCAAAUGAAUUAGAUUUGAUCAAUGUUGUGCUCGACAUGCUGGCUGAUACUGAGGCAUGUUCCAAAAUAGAUGCUUCAAACGUUGAUUGCAAUAAUGCUACACAUCCUGAAUGUCAAUCUUUGUCUGUGAUAGCAGAUCAUGAUCCAAUUGCAGGAUUCCCUUUAACGCUCAAAAAACGGCUAUCAUCUGAUGAAGUUGAUGAUGAGCUAAGAAGCUCCCAGAUUUCCCCAGCCCAACUAUCAUUUAACAAAUUAACAAGACAUUUUGAUAAGAGUGAAUUUAGCUGA